UUUGGGUUAGCUCCCUCCUUGUCCCCACUUCCUUUCGUUCGGUGAUUUCUCAAAUGCAAACGAAAUUAAGCUAAGGAAAGCUGAGGCAAGAGGCAAGAAGCAAAGAAGACGCUGAUGAGCUGAUAAGGUGGUGGAACCGUCUUCUCUUGGCCCUUUUCGCGGUUUCUUACCUUUUUUUCUUUUUAACCAAUCAAACCCAAACGCGAAACGACCCCAGAAUCUCCAAGAAAAGUCGCCGUUUCCCUCCCUUUUCAAUCCUCUAAAAGAAUACAUGUGAACACUUUUUCGUCUUUUGCUCUCUCUUUUCUCAGAGUCCAGAAUAUUAAUUGUUCUUUCCUUCUACUGUCUACCUUUUCUAUGAAUGUGUCUUUUUUUAACAAACCCAAAUCUCUAUUAUAUUUUGGAAACAACAAUGCAGGAAAACUCAAGAUCUUUGUGCUAGUUUACAAGGCUCCAUUUGGAAUUAAUUUAGUGAGAAGGAAGGAAUUGCUGAGAUUCUCUGAACUGGAUUUUUUUUUCCCCUUGGUGGGCUUGAGGGAUUUGAAUAAACGCUGUAGUUUUGGUUUGUUGAUGUGAUUGAGACUGCAAUAUUUUUACAUGGAACUUGUUUUCUGCAAAUGGGUCUGUGCAUUUCUAAUGUCUUGUUGGCUUAUCUUCUCCACAGCACACUCAGUGGUGGGAUUGCAUGGGUAUUCUAAAGUUAGAGCAGUGAACUUGGGUGGGUGGUUGGUGGUGGAAGGCUGGAUUAAGCCCUCUCUGUUCGACGAUAUUCCUAAUGGAGACAUGCUUGAUGGAACUGAGGUUCAACUCAAGUCUGUGACGUUGCAGAAAUACGUGUGUGCAGAGAAUGGAGGUGGCACGAAUGUGACAGCGGACAGGGAUGUUCCUUUGUCAUGGGAAACCUUCAGACUAUGGAGAGUUUCUGAUUCUCAAUUUCAGUUUCGCACCUCUCAAGGCCAGUUUCUAACAUAUGAUGGUGAAGGAGGUUAUGUUUCUGCAUCAGCAGGAUCACCAUCUGCAACAGAAACAUUUUACAUUGAAAGAAAUAACAAUGGUAGAGUUCACGUAAAACUCAAGAGUGGGACCUAUCUGCAGGCCACAAUGGGAAAUCAGCUCACAGCAGACUAUCCAGGGAAACCAGGAUGGGAUGAUAAUGCCGCCACAUUUGAAAUGAUAAUUGUAGCAAAUAACUUGCAUGGAGAUUACCAGCUUGCAAAUGGAUAUGGACAUGAUAAGGCCACAAAAGUUCUUAAGAGGCAUAGAAACAGCUUUAUUACUGUAGACGAUUUCGAAUUCCUACACAAACAUGGAAUAAAUGCUGUGAGGAUCCCUGUUGGCUGGUGGAUUGCUUUUGAUCCCAGUCCUCGAGCUCCUUUUAUUGGGGGAAGUUUGACUGCUCUAGAUAAUGCAUUCUCAUGGGCACAAGCCUAUAAUAUAAAAUGCAUAAUUGAUCUUCAUGCUGCUCCUGGCUCCCAGAAUGGGAUGGAACACAGUGCCAGUAGAGAUGGUUCAACAGACUGGUCCACAUCAUCAGAUUACAUCUCAAAAACUUUGGAUGUUAUCGACUUUUUGGCUUCCAGGUAUGCAGACCAUCCUGCUCUGCUGGGAAUUGAGCUUCUAAAUGAACCUUCUGCUGCCACAGUUCCGCUGGAUAUCUUGGUUUCAUAUUACAAGCAAGGCUAUGAAAUUGUCCGAAAGCACUCGCCAACAGCUUAUGUUAUAAUUUGCCAAAGAAUAGGCAAUGCAGAUCCUUCAGAACUUUAUCAGGCUAAUGUAGGGUCCUACAACAUAGUGGUGGAUUUGCAUUACUACAAUCUCUUUGACAAUUUCUUCAUUAAUAUGAACUCUACAGAUAAUAUCGAGUUCAUAUUCAAGAGCAGGCAAGCUCAACUACGGGCCCUGAAUAGUGCAAAUGGUCCACUUUUAUUUAUUGGGGAAUGGGUGAAUGAAUGGAAUGUGACAUAUGGAUCCCAGAUCGAUUAUCAAGAUUUUGGUAGGGCCCAGCUAGAGGUUUAUGAUGAGGCUUCCUUUGGGUGGGCUUACUGGACGCUUAAAAAUGAUAGAAAGCACUGGGAUUUUGAGUGGAAUAUUCAGAACAAUUAUCUCCAACUGGGUAAAAUGCCAAAAAGGCAAAUUUUCAGCAAUUUACUAUUGCUUGGAUUGGCAUGUAGCUGUUUCUGUCUGCUUCGCAUAUUUUGACAAGCUGCCGAUGGGAGUUGCCUCAGGAUCCAAAGCGGAUGAGGCAAUACUGUUGUGGCUCUUCUUUGUUCUUUGCUGCUUAGCCAUUACAUUCAUAAUUUGUAAAUUUGAAAGUGAGCCAAAUAAUGUUGUUAAUGCAUGGAGUAUCCACAAAAAAGUGAGGAUCCUGUAAAAAAUGGCGAGGCUAUAUUUAUUACACUCAUAAUUAAUGAAAUACCCAGGAAAACCUACUCCUGUUUUUGCU